AUGAUAUACCUACAAGGAAAGAAUCGACCGAUAGGCAUUAAGGAAGAGGACAUAAAUGAUGAGAAUUACCUCCUCAUAAAAAGCAUUUUGGAAGAUGAACACGUGCAUGUACAUAGCUGGAUAGAAGUCAGUCUGAUCUACUACAAGAAAAAAUACUAUAAGCUUUUUUUGGAUUUGACAAAAGAGGGAGAAAUUUUUUAUCUGACCAAAAAUGAUGGCAGGGGGGGGAAGGAGGAAGUGGGCGAGAGGGAUGCCUUGAAAGAAGGGUCGAAUUUUUAUACGCUGCUGCUGUUGUAUCAUUUGGAAAAAAUAACGAAUGUGAAGAAUGUGAGCAAGGAAGAUGAGCUGAAAAUAAAAUUGGAAAAUUUAAUCAAUCAGAUUGAGAGGAGGAGGAGCGACGUUCUCCAAAGGGGGGUGGAAGGAGGAAUGCUACGCGGGGUGGAAGGCGGCAUGCCAAAGGAUGGGUCAAAUAAAAAGGAGCGGCCAAUUCCGUGGGCGACCUACGAUUACUUGUCUCCACAUCUAGCUAAAGGCAUUUACAACGUUAAUAUGUACCUGUACCUGCUCAACAAGUAUGACCGAAAGAGCGGCUCCAACUACUUCCAAAGGCCCAGGACUUCCCCCAGCGAUGGAGACAACGAUGAUGAUGAGAAGCAAGCAUCAACAGAGGAAAAGAUAAAAAAUGAAUACAUUAAUCCGUUGAAUUAUUUAAUGGAGAGUAUAUCUAUAUUGACCGAUCUGGUGGAUCUCUGCAUUGAGUUUUCUUCCCACGUUUUGAUAAGGGUCAUAAAUUUGGAGAAUUUUUUAAAGUCCAUCGUUUUUACUUAUCGUGGGUUGUUAGACCCUGUAAGGGAAGAACCUCCCAGCACGGAGAAGGGAGCCACCACCUGGUUGUCCAAAUUUAUGAGUCGUGAAAAAGGGGGGACUGACAGUACUGAUAAGCGUGGAGAGAAGUAUGGGUCGUUUGGCGGAAGGGAUCAUACAGGGGGGGAACAACACCUCUAUAAAUGCAUUAGGUUAAAAAAUUUGUUAAGCAUCCUGACAAGACUUAAGGCUAUAAUAAAAUAUAUAAUUGGAAUCUGCUAUGUGAAGAAGAAGGAAUGGAGCACUGCCUCCUUCUGCUUGACUGAAGCUAUCAAAAUGGGUGGAAAUCCCGAAGCGUAUUUAACCAAUGGGUGGCUACUACUGAUGAACUACUUGGGAAAAAUUGCGCAGUGCAACGAUUUUGUGAGAGAGGGGAUCCAUUGGGGGGUUGGAAAUGGAGGCUUCCUCCAUAUCAAAGAGCAGCAGUUCCCUCAUUUGGAGUCCCCCCCUCCUGACUGGGACAAAAACGAUCUCCGAAAAAUACCAAUCAAAUAUAUCAUUAACCUGACGCUGCUACGUUAUUACGAUUAUUUGAGACGAGGCAUAGUGAAGUAUUCAAAAGGCAUAGCGAUUUUUCUGAUGAGAGAGAGCUCCUCAUAUCACAUUGAUAAGAAUGACAUAUACGAGUACGACGAAUCGAUCGAGAUAGCAAACAGUGAAAAUGGGUACCUAAAAAAGAAGCACGAGCAUUUGAAGGGGCAUGAGCAUUUGCAGGGGCAUGAGCAUGUGCAGGGGCAUGAGCAUGUGCAAGUGCAUAAGCAUGUGCAUAAGCAUGUGCAUCUGUGUGAGAGGAUGAUAUAUCUAUACCUAGAUCUGUGUGAAAUAUGGCUGAUGCAGGGAGAUAGAAAAUCUGUUGCAUUUUUAAAACUGAUGAAGGAUAAGAUACACUUUAAUUAUAUUAAUAAAAAAUGUCUCUCGAAAUAUCAUUUUCUCAUUGGCAUGUAUUAUCAUCACAUUGGGAGAAACACCAGGAGGGCACUCAAGUAUUACCACAAAAGUUUGCAAAUUUAUGAAAAUCACGUAAGUAGGUACUAUCAUACCAUCUGUUUGAUUCAGUUGAAGAAGUACAGUAAAGCCAAGAAAAAUAUUUUAUAUUUUUUUCAAAAGUGUAAAAAUGCUUACUUUGUAAAAUUGUAUGUUUUUUUUUUUCUGCACACGGCAAAUUUAUUUUUAAAUUUUAACCUCCUUUGUGAGGGCAGCAGUUUUGCACUUCCCCAUGGGGGGGGAGCCAAAGCGGGGGUCCACCCACUCUCCCAUGGCAUUGAGAAUGGCACCACGCAGGGGGGUGACACGAAGAGGAGCCAAGAUAAAGCAGCUGUGAAGAAGGGUGACGACAACGAAAAAGCAGUCGCGAAGAAGAGCGACGACAACGACAAAGCAGUCGCGAACAGUCACGACAAACCAGCCGCGACAAACCAGCCGCGAACAGCCGCGAACAGCCGCGACAAAGACAAACCAACACACACUUCAGUUAGGACCAAAUAUAUGAAGAGCAACCAAAGUGACAGCUGCAUGAUAGUCGUCCUACGAAUGCUGCAGCACUUGAAGGACGUUCUGGAAGCACACCGUUAUAUGUUUCCUCUCGAUUUGGAUAUAAAACUGAUGAAAGUAAAGAUACGUGAACUGCUGCUAACCAAGUAUAACCACGAGGAGAUGGUGGAGUAUAACAAGGAGCUGAACGAAUUGGAAGAAGUUCGAACCUUUUUCAGACAAAGAAAUAAGCCUCGGAAAAUACCUUACGAGCUGAUAAAUAAUUAUGUCAUCUCUCUUUUUUUUUGUGAUCAGAAGGAACGCAGUGUGCAGUUAAUGGAGUUGCUGAAGAGGGAGGUCUUCCUUAAGGUGAAGCGUUUCUCCAGUUACUACUCCUAUGCGUUUUGCGGCAGAGCUCCUGGUCCGCGACUCUCGCGGGGUAGAGAAGAACAUACGCUUGUCCCCCCUAAGGGGGGGGAACUCUCCACUAAAGGGAACAACGCUCGGAAACGGAGCGCGGCUUCUCCGGGGAGCACGAAGAAGAAGUCUAAGCGGAUUGGGAGCGGGUCUCCCUACGAAGAGGCCACUACGGGGGGGGCUCCCUACGAAGAGGCCACUACGGGGGGGGCUCCCUGCGAAGAGGCCACUACGGGGGGGGCUCCCUGCGAAGAGGCCACUACGGGAGUGGCUCCCUGCGAAGAGGCCACUACGGGAGUGGCUCCCUACGAAGAAACCACCGCAGGGAAGGCCAAACAAAAGAGAGACACCCUACGUCUUACUGUGCAUCGAAACACACGAAAGCUGUACCACCUGGACGCCAUGAUGCGUAUCCAUCGAAUCAGAGAGCUCAAGCUAGCUAUGGUAAGCCAAGGAGCGAAGCUUCCAAAACAUGUAUACAUAAAAAGAAGUAACCGAGAGAGAUACAGGGAAAUAAUUAACUAUUUAAAGAGGAUCUACCUAACCAUUUCCUUUAACAGUGCAGUGUUGGCAGAGUACCUAGGUUAUAAGGACUCUCCCAUACAGACAUACAAAUUAUACACAAAGGUGUAUAAUACAUACGAAGCUGCCUUCAUUAGGUUAGCAACUGUUUAUAUACAAAUGAAAAAAUUCUCAAAAGCGAAAGAGGUGAUAGACAAGGGGCUGCGGGCAAAUCCAAUGUCAGUAAAUCUCCAACUACAGAAGGCUUACAUACACGUGGAGAGGAAGCAUUACGAUUAUUGCAUAUACUCUUUGGAGAAGCUAAAAAAAAAUGAACAGUUACAUGACGACGUUUUGAUUAACACAUAUUUAGCCAUUAUAAAAUAUGGUAAACUUAAGAGAGGAAAAAAUAAAGAAGAAAAAAAUCAACUAGUAAACGAAAUUUACAGUCAUAUAAGUUUAUUAGGGAAAAGGAGAAAUAAUUUCUUUGUAUCGAGUCUAAUAUCGAUACUGCUGAGUGUUAACCACAAAUAUGAACUGUCAAGCGAAGCGUUUCAGUUGUUAAUUGACUCGAAUGAGAAGCUGACAUUUUACUGCCAAUCUGCAUUGCGAAAUUUUGUUCUACACAUGUUUAACCACCUGAUGAGAACAAACGAUGAGAUGAAAAAUAAAUUAUUUUUAAAAAAAAUAAAUUUAUUUUUAAUUUAA